AUGUCUAACAGCCCCUGGACACCGACGAGACGAUUUGUACAUCCGCUAGCACAGAUAGAGACAGGAAGUGAGAUUGAUUAUCAGUUGCAGAAUUAUCUGUCUCAUUUACUGGUCGGAGAGUCUGUGUGGCACGAAGUCUACAGUGUUGUCGAUCAUUUUAGACAAGCAAUUCUAGGUCUAGAACAGCUAUCUCUGUCUGCCGGCGCCGGGAUUUUAAGAGAGUUCAAGAUUCCUCACACUUAUCUGUGGUCUUCCGGAUUUCUCCCCAAGCCGGAGGACUGGGAUGACACCAUUGAUAUUUCCGGCUACCCGACUAUUAAAAGCCCACCUCCUUAUAUCCCUUCAAAGGCCCUGGAAAACUUUCUCCAGUCCGCAAUCGAACCUGUCUUUGUUGCACUGGAUAUCACCCAAUUGAACCAACCGGAGUUAUUCAUUCAAUACGUUGUGGAAGCUUCCCAAAAACACGGGGUUUAUCUUCUUCUGCCGAGUGGGUUCCGAGAAGCAAUUGAUAUUUCCGAAGUGCCCAAGAUUUUCCUACUAGAGAAUGACCCAAAUGUUAAAGAAUGGCUCAUCCCCAGAGUUUCCAUGUUAUUAACAAGCGGAGACAUCCCAACAGUAAAGCAAGGUGUUCAAAACGGGAAACCGAUGCUCUCACUACCACUUCUCUGCGACCAACCCUUUUGGGCAACGACCAUUUAUAACGCAGGCCUCGGUCCAUCUCCACUUCGCGAGAAUGCGCUCAGCACCGAGACCCUUGUCGAGGCAUUCCAAUAUUGUCGACGGCGAGAUAUAAAACAAGUUGCGUCUAGGAUAGGCGAAAGGAUCCUGGAGGAGAACGGCACUACAAAUGCCGUUCAAUCGUUCUAUCGCCAUCUACAAUGGGAGAAGGUUCGAUGCAGUGAUAUCAACACGGAGCCUGUGGUCUAUCGUAUGCAAUUGAAACCAUCAAUUAGGAAAAGGGUCGAGACCCAUGGAGUGGUAAUGUCGACAAGAGGAGGCGGGACCCCCAUGGAGCCGGAUGAGUACCCAGUCCACACAAGACUAGAUAAAGCACCUGAGCUCGGCGAAGAAAAAGUCCACACCACCUUCCUUGUGGACGCAAAAGGCGUAUCCAAAAGUCUGAUGAAAGCGAUCAUCAAACCCACCGUUUUGCAUAUCGCAGAUGCGCACAAAAAACGAGAGGCUCAGAAUGAUGUACCCGUUCCGACGGCCCAGAAGGUCGAGAAAUAUAAAACCCGAACGGAGACGGCUAUGAAAUUGGCGAAGAAUGUGGGCUUUGGGUCUGCGGUUGCUUGUGGGAAGAUUGCCGUACUUCCGUUUAAGACUGUAUGGUAUAUGAGCGAAACGGCAUCAUACGGAGUGCGGGCCCUUCAGGGGUUAGAUCGUCAGGAACAGAAAAGUCAAGAUCAAGACGUGGAACAAAUAUCCAAUGUGAACGAUUCUCGGGUUUUCGAUGAAGGUAAUGUGUUAUACGUGCAAAGCGUGAAAGAUGCCAUAUCUAACGAUCUAUAUGUUCUCACAGAGAUCGAUAUCACUUCUUUGGGCCGAGACGAUGCUUAUACACGCGCAAUCACAGCUUCGGGUAUGCGUCGGAGUACAACCCAGACUCGUGAUGAUGAUGGGUUAUCUCUCGGAUCUCGGCGGUCUCGUUCUUCCGCGCCUAGUGGCAAGAUGGAAUAG